AGCGUCCAUGGGAGAUUGAGAAGGCGAGAAGGAAGAGAGGAAUGCUUUGGUGAGCAUCAUUUCUUGAGCUUGUGAAGCUUGGCCAUGGAUAAGGAUAGGAGUUGCAGUGGCGGUCCUAUUCCAGCAUAUUCUCCUCGGUUCUUGCUCUCCCGGUGGCUCAGUCCUUCAGAAGAUGGGAGUUUGGGGUGUAGGGUUAGGUUCCCUAGGCAUGGUGGGAAGAAGAGGAGGGAGGGAAAGGGUGGAAAUAGAGAGGAGAGUGAGAGUGAUGGAUUGAGAGUGGUGGAGAGUUUGGAGGUGAAGGAAGUAGUGGAACAAUGUGGGAAAGAGACCUUUGAUUCAUCAGGGCAUGAGUCCAAGGAUGUUUCGUCUCUUAACUUAGGCAUGGGUGUUGGUCUAAUUUUCCUCCUUGUGAGGAGUACAACUGAGUUUAACAAGAUGACUGAAUUGCGGAAGGAGAUGGAAGUGCUGCUAAGAGAUGUUGAGUGUGAAAUUCAAAAGAAAGAUGCAGUGUCUACUCUUGCAGACUCAAGUAGCAUUUCUUUCUCUGUAUCAGAUUGUUCGAGGAAUAAAAAUACAAGUGGAAACUAUAGAUCUUCGCUUUGUGCUAUAAGAACACAUUGUCCUACUGAAUUUGAUGGUAGUCGGUCAAAGUGUGAGAUAAUUUCUGAAACCACACAGUACCUGAAAAUGGAUCAAAUGGAAGCAGAGCUUGAAGCUGAAUUUCAAAGACUGCGUCUCGGUCUGGAAGAUGAUAACUCAUCAGUGCUUCCACAACAUCUAGAGACACAGUUGGCCGAUGGUGGCAGCAGUCCUACUGAAAGCUUGAGUGAAAUCUUUGAUGGAGACGACGACAUUAACAACGAAGACAGCAAUGAACAAUUCGGAGUUUCUCCACAUGAACUUGAGAGAAAAUUGCAUGAGCUUUUAGAGGCACAACAGCAAGAAAGGAUAGCCGAGCUGGAGUCCGCAUUGGAACUUGCCGAGCAAAGACUUCAAGAAAAAGAAAUGGAGAUUUGUUGGUGGAGAGACACUGCAAAACUAGCUUCACAACGUAAAGAUGCAGCACUUAAUCGGUUUGCACCAUAAGAGUUUGAGGCUUAUUUUAGCUGCAUUCUUUCUAUGGUGAGCUCAAAUAGCGUGAAGAUAGAUCGAGUCCGUGAAGCAUUUAGCCACAAUUUUGCUGCAAUGAAAGGGAAGAGACGAAACUCAGAAUUGUUUCGGUUUUGCUGUGAAUUUCUUCAUGUCAAAAUUCAUUACUACUUGUGUAUUUAUUUCCUGUUGUUGUGGGUUAGCAACCAUUGAACAUGUUUUUGUUCUGUUAUUGUCUUGAUUGUCUUCAAUACAUUGCAAUGUUAUCAACUGGAAAUUGUUAGAAAAAUGCGAAUUCGAAGAGCAAGAACAAGAAUUAUCAACA